CAUGACUUAUUUAUCCAACCCGCCUCCCUAGCGAAAAAACAUACUACAUCAUACUACGUAUUGGUCCUUUCACCUGACGCCCUUCUUAGCUAAGCUGUUUUCUGAGGUAGGGCAGAAUUCUGGUUUUCAAGCCAUGAUGUUGCGGUCAGGCGUGCCUCCAGCAAGUGUCUUCAGGUUGGGUGGCGGAUGGCAGUCUAGAUGUUUGGUGCUUAGUGCCUCGCAGUUCCAGCACAUUCUGAAUGAUCCCGGGCGGACCAGCGAGGCUUUUGUGGGUCAUUCGGGGCAUGCAUUGUCCUUGUUGUCCGGGGUGCGUCGCGGAAUGAUCCUGCAAGACUUUUGCAAGAAGGAGCUGGCACGGCUACAUCCACACAGCACAAUCGAUGAGCCGACCACAGCAAGCCAUUGUGAUGGAGCUCGCAGGUCAGCCAGCAACGCACUGUAUGACUUCAUGUUGGAUGGCCGUGCAAUUAAAUGCAGAAGUGCACAACUGUCUUGGGACAAAGCUAACAAUCAUUGGCGUGCAAUAUUUCACAAAGUCAAGAUCCCAUGCUCAGGUUUUCGGGAUGAGGCUCCAUUUGAUGAUUUGUACUUGACGCUCUUCAGCCCAGAUCGCUUGCACAUCAUCAGGCACGACCUUCAGACCGGAGUUUCAUCGACUGGCAAGCGAACAGAAAGCCAGGGUCAUAGGAUUUCCGUUCAAGGCACACGGGGGCAAGAAUGUUGGCAAACGGCGCGGCAUCAAAUCCUGAACAAGUUCCUGACAAAAGGUUGCGAACUCGUGUCUUCUGUGGAUUUGUCAGAUGUUGAAGUCAGCAACUGGCUAACACAGCAAAUCGAAGGACUGACAGCACCCCAGGAUCAUGCCUACCAGGGGGUGCCAUUGAGCCAAAUGGCACCACAACUACGCGGCUUGCGAAUUGAAGAGAUUGCAUUUGAAGUGGAUCGGAUUCUACAUCCAACUUGUUCAUUUUCACGAGCUUCAUUGGAAGUAGACUGGGUUCGUGCGGGGGUGAGAGUGGAAUUCAAGAGCACGCAAAUGUGGCAUAACAAAGUGCGAGGGAAUUGGCGAUGCUCUUGGCAGAACAUCAAGUGUGCUAGCCGUGGUGUUCGUGAUCGCGACCUUUUCGAUGAGCUUUGGCUUGCAAUCUAUAGCCCCCGUGGCAUUCAUAUCUUGAAACAUCCUGGUGGUGAAGUCCGUUUCAGCCUCCAUGGCUUGCAAGGGCAGGAUGAUGGGCAGAGGAUACAGGUCUUCUGCAGCCAAAAUGUGAUUGACGUCUGGGAGGCUCUUGAUGAAAUGCUCAAAAAGCUGGGGGAAUGGGGCUGCCAGCAUUUGGUGACAAUCCUGUGGUGAUUUCACAGACAAUAUUUCACUGCUUUUCCGCAGAUGUGAUUUUUCUUAUAUUAUUUCAUUGUCCUGCCUCAAGGCGGCCUCUGUCAACCCGGUAGUGAUGGCAGCAGCCAAAAGCAACUUCUCUGCGGCCUCGACACUAGUGCAACGCAGUGCAGCCCACCAGGUGCUCCUGAAUCUGCAAUUGGUAUCAAUUGGUGCGUGCGUGAAAAGUGUGAACUACUCCCCAAACAGAGAGACAGGUGAUUUGUUGUUCAAGUCUGUAGGGUCUUCAGCCAGUCACUGCUGAGAUGCAUGUUUGAUGACCCUGGGCUGCAAAAGGAUUGGCAUGGGCAUAUUAGACUGGCAUUGCGCUGGAUUGAGGCAAUCCUUGUCGGAGCGGCUUUUGGAACAACAUCCAUUGGCAUCAAAGAAGUUUGAAUCAUGAGUCUGUCAUCUUGCUGUAGGAUGAGGGCUUACCCAACACGUACAUGUAGAUCAUGUAGGUCAUAUACAAAGAAGCAAGUCUUGGC